AUGACAACAUUUAGAUUCUGUCGAGAUUGUAAUAAUAUGUUAUAUCCACGUGAAGACAAGGAGAUUGGUAGGCUACUUUUUGAGUGUAGAACAUGCUCAUAUGUGGAAGAAGCCGGUAGUCCAUUAGUUUAUAGACAUGAACUGAUAACAAAUAUUGGUGAAACUGCCGGUGUUGUGCAGGAUAUUGGGUCUGAUCCAACGCUACCGAGGUCUGAUAGAGAGUGUCCCAAAUGUCAUGCCCAUGAAAAUGUGUUUUUCCAAUCACAACAAAGAAGAAAAGAUACUUCCAUGGUACUUUUCUUCGUGUGUUUAAGUUGUUCACACAUUUUCACAUCAGAUCAGAAGAAUAAGAGAACUCAGUUUGAAUAG